AUGGAAGAACAAAAAGGAACCAGUUUGGAAGAUGAUUUUGAAGCAACUGAGGCUACACAUACAGGACCUAAAGGGGUGAUCCAUGACUGGAGAAAGUUUAAAUUAGAAAGUGAAAAUAGAGAUACCCUGCCUCUGAGCAAGAAAGAGAUCCUUAUCAGGCAAAUGUCCUCACCCCAUCGCUUGGACAACGAAAGCGAGACCAGAGACAGAUUGAUUCGGAAGAUGAGCAUGCAAGAGUACGAGCUAAUUAAUUGUGAAAAGGAAGAUGAAACUUGCCUACGGAAAUACCGGAAGCGCUGUAUGCAGGACAUGCACCAGAGGCUGAGCUUUGGGCCCAAGUACGGCUAUCUUUCAGAGCUGCAGAGUGGGGAGCAGUUCUUGGAGACCAUUGAGAAGGAGAGGAAAACCACUACCAUUAUUGUCCACAUUUAUGAAGAUGGUAUCAAGGGCUGUGAUUUACUCAACAACAGUUUGACCUGUCUCGCGGCUGAAUAUUGCAUGGUGAGGUUCUGCAAGAUCAAGGCCACUAACACAGGGGCCGGACUCCCAACACUUCUUGUCUACAGAGGUGGGGAGCUUGUAAGCAAUUUCUUAAGUGUAACUGAACAGUUCAAUGAGGAGUUUUUUGCUGUGGAUGUGGAGACGUUCUUGAAGGAGUAUGGGUUGCUACCUCAGAAGGAAAUUCCAGCACUUGGGAAUGGGAACAUAGAGGAGAAAGAGCUCGAAUAG